GCGCUGGGUGUCUUUAAGGCUUCCUGGAGGCGGGACCUGGGAGUCGGGCCGUGAUGACUGAUUCCCGCCAGGCGCUCUCCUCCCCUUUAAGGCGCGCGGCAGGGGCAGGGCUCCUACGGCCCCUUUAAGGUGCGGUCCUCCCCCGCCGGCAGAAAAGCGGCUUAAAGGUGACGCGUGGCGUGAUGGCCGCGGCCUCACGCGCGUGCCGGCGGCGGGGGCAGCUGCUCCCGGCGCUGCUGCUGCUGCUGCUGCUACUGGCACUGCCGCCUCCGGGGGGCCCCCCGGGCGCCGCCGCCUACUUCCCCGAGGAGCGCUGGAGUCCGGAGUCGCCGCUGCAGGCGCCGCGCGUGCUCAUCGCGCUGCUGGCGCGCAACGCUGGCCACGCGCUGCCCGCCACGCUAGGCGCGCUCGAGCGGCUGCGGCACCCAAGGGAGCGCACGGCGCUGUGGGUGGCCACAGACCACAACUCAGACAACACGUCGGCCAUGCUGCGGGAGUGGCUGGUGGCUGUGAAGAGUUUGUACCACUCCGUGGAGUGGCGGCCAGCUGAAGAGCCCAGGUCCUACCCCGAUGAGGAGGGCCCCAAACACUGGUCAGACUCUCGCUAUGAACAUGUCAUGAAGUUGCGCCAGGCAGCCCUGAAAUCAGCGCGGGACAUGUGGGCCGAUUACAUCCUGUUUGUGGAUGCAGACAACCUGAUCCUCAAUCCCAACACUCUGACCCUGCUCAUUGCUGAGAAUAAGACAGUGGUGGCCCCUAUGCUGGAUUCCCGGGCUGCGUACUCCAACUUCUGGUGUGGAAUGACUUCCCAGGGCUACUACAGGCGCACACCAGCCUACAUCCCUAUCCGUAAGCGGGACCGCCGGGGUUGCUUUGCGGUUCCUAUGGUGCACUCGACCUUCCUGAUCGACCUGAGGAAGGCGGCGUCCAGGAAUUUGGCAUUCUACCCUCCCCACCCUGACUACACGUGGUCCUUCGAUGACAUUAUCGUUUUCGCCUUCUCCUGCAAGCAGGCAGAGGUCCAGAUGUAUGUCUGCAACAAAGAGGUGUACGGCUUCCUGCCGGUGCCACUACGGGCACAUAGCACUCUCCAGGACGAGGCUGAGAGUUUCAUGCACGUGCAGCUGGAGGUCAUGGUGAAGCACCCACCAGUGGAGCCCUCCCGGUUCAUCUCUGCGCCCACUAAGACUCCGGACAAGAUGGGCUUUGAUGAGGUCUUCAUGAUCAACCUGGAGAGGCGACAGGAUCGACGGGAGCGCAUGCUGGCAGCACUGCGCGCACAGGAAAUCGAGUGCCGGCUGGUGGCAGCAGUAGACGGCAAAGCCAUGAACACCAGCCAGGUGGACGCCCUGGGCAUCCAGAUGCUGCCUGGCUACCGGGACCCCUACCACGGCCGCCCCCUCACCAAGGGCGAACUGGGAUGCUUCCUCAGCCACUAUAACAUCUGGAAGGAGGUUGUGGACCGGGGGCUGCAAAAAUCGCUAGUAUUUGAGGAUGAUCUACGCUUCGAAAUCUUCUUCAAGAGACGCUUGAUAAACCUCAUGCGGGAUGUGGAGCAGGAGGCUCUGGACUGGGACCUCAUCUACGUGGGCCGGAAGCGGAUGCAGGUGGAGCACCCUGAGAAGGCCGUACCCCGUGUAAGGAACCUGGUGGAGGCUGAUUACUCCUACUGGACACUGGCCUAUGUGAUCUCGCUGCAAGGCGCCCGCAAGUUGCUGGAUGCCCGGCCCCUCUCCAAGAUGCUGCCUGUCGAUGAGUUCCUGCCUGUUAUGUUCGACAAGCACCCAGUGUUGGAGUACAAGGCCCACUUCUCUCCGCGCAACCUGCUCGCCUUCUCCGUCGAGCCCCUGCUUGUCUACCCAACACACUACACGGGGGACGAUGGGUAUGUGAGCGACACGGAGACCUCCGUCGUGUGGAACAACGAGCACGUCAAGACCGACUGGGACCGGGCCAAGUCCCAGAAGAUGCGGGAACAACAGGCCCUGAGGCGGGAAGCCAAAAACUCGGAUGUACUGCAGUCCCCCCUGGACAGCGCGGCCCGGGACGAGCUCUGAGGGGUGGUGGCCUAGACACCAAUCGCCACGUGCUCACGGGACAGCACGGCCCCCUGUGGGUCCCUGGCAGGCCACAGAGGGCUCUCCACACAGCGGUGCCCAGCCGGCUCUUGCUCAGCGGUCACGUGCACCCAGGCAGCAUUAACUGUGCCAGGAGCAGGGCUUGGCACCAGGAGAUCGGGUGGGAGCAAAGCCGGCAUUCAUCCCCUCCCGUAACUAGAACACUUGUUAAGCAUUCACUGUGUCCCGGGUUCCCGUGAUGUGGCCGUGAGUGAAGCCUGAUCAUCCCUCAGUGAGUAACUAGCUCAGUCAUCAAGCAUUUAUUAUUCCUCCCCACACCAGGAAUCAGGCACUAGUAAUCACACAGUCGUUUUAAUUCACCCAGAUAUUUAUUGAAUGCCUAAUAUAUGUAGGACACCACACCAGGCUCUUGGAACAUUGAGAUAAAUGAGACACUUUGAUUUAUUCAAACACAUAGCAAGCACCUACUAUGUGCCUAGUACUUGUGACACAAAGACAAGUUCUUACUAACUCAGUACAUUUAUUGGGUGCCUGCUAUGUGCUAGGAGCAGAGCUUGGUGCUGGGGAUGAAGAUAAACAAGAUGGGAUGAAGGUGCUUUUUUCUCACUAAUUGGUUUCUUCCUACACAUCUGAACAGCACCUACUGUGUGCCAGGCAUUAGUGAUACAGGACAGUGGUAAUUGCACAGUCAGCAUUUGAUCACCCCCAUGUGUGCAGGGUCACAUGUCGAGUACUGGGACACAUGGAUGAACAAGAUGACCCUUCCAUUUCUUCAUGCAGCAGGCAUUUAUUGAGCACCUGCUAUGUACCAGACCUCAUGGAUUCCCAGUGGGGUUGGAGAACAGUUGACUGACUUUGAUGCCUCCUCGUCCCCUGGUCCCCUGAGCUCUGUGCAGACAAUGUCCUCCACCAUCCAGAGGGGAGGACGGCUCUUCCUUCAUCCAGGGCAAAUGCAGGUCCCAGCAACCCCCCAGAGGGGGCAAGGGAUGAAGACGGGGGCUGGGUCUCCUCUGCUCACCCCUGCGCCUGUUGGCCUGACCUCCCUGGCUUGCAUCUCAGGUGUGGCCUCUGCCUGCUCAGUGGGGCUCCUCUGUACAAGCCUUUGGUGUGAUUGUGCGUCGGGCCUUGGGAAGGCUCAGCUGCACUGGGGCAGUGCCCAUAGCCUGGGCAUUCCCGGGCACGGACUGGAGGACGGGCUCUGCCUUCAGCCGGAAACGAAUGUCAAAGCCAGCCAGCGGUGCUUCGCUCUCUUAGGGGUAACUGCUUGCCAGGUUGGGUCCUGGAUAACUUGCUUGUUUUUUUUAUUAAAUGUUCCUGGUUGGUUUUCA